AUGAGGACCUCCUCUCGCUUUCUCGGAGCCCUCGCGGCGGCGGCCUCGUUCGCCCCGUCCGUCCUAGGGCAAAACAAUGCGCCUGUGACCUUUACCGACCCCCAAACCGGCAUCAUCUUCAAUAGCUGGGGUAUUCCCGCAGACUCGCCACAAACUCAGGGGGGCUUUACCUUUGGUAUGGCCCUGCCGUCCAAUGCCCUCUCCACAGAUGCCACCGAGUUCAUCGGAUAUCUGCAAUGUGCCGCCGGCUCGGCCGGUUGGUGCGGAGUCUCCCUGGGAGGACCGAUGACCAAUUCACUUCUCAUUACCGCAUGGCCGAAUAAGGACACCGUUUACACCUCUCUGCGGUACGCUACCGGUUACUCCAUGCCGGACCUUUACACCGGAGACGCCAAGAUCACUCAGGUCCGGUCAAACAUCAACGCCACGCAUUUCACCCUGAUCUUCAGGUGCACAAACUGCUUGAGGUGGAAUCAGGGUGGUCAAGAAGGCGGAGCUUCUACAACCGGCGGCGCAUUAGUUCUCGGCUGGGUGCAGGCAUUGCCGUCACCCGGCAACCCGACCUGCCCGGAUCAAAUCACCCUGGAGCAGCACAACAACGGCAUGGGCAUCUGGGGCGCCGUCCUCGAUUCGAAUGCCGCUAACCCGUCUUACACGGCUUGGGCUGCCCAGGCCACCAAGACGGUUACUGGCGACUGUGGCGGCCCGACCCAGACGGGUGUUGUUGGCGUGCCUGUGCCGACGGGCACCUCGUUCGACUACAUCGUUGUCGGCGGUGGCGCCGGUGGCAUUCCCAUUGCCGACAAGUUGAGUGAGUCCGGAAAGCGCGUGCUGCUCAUUGAGAAGGGGUUCGCCUCGACGGCCGAGCACGGCGGCGUUCUCGGCCCAGAGUGGCUGUCGGGCAAGGAUCUCACCCGGUUCGACGUGCCCGGUCUGUGCAACCAGAUCUGGGUCGACUCAAACGGCAUCUCUUGCACCGACACGGAUCAGAUGGCCGGCUGCGUUCUCGGAGGCGGUACCGCCGUGAACGCCGGCCUGUGGUUCAAGCCUUAUUCUUUGGACUGGGACUACCUGUUCCCCAGCGGCUGGAAGUACAGAGACGUCCAGGCGGCCAUCAACAGAGUGUUCUCGCGCAUCCCGGGCACCGACGCCCCGUCUAUGGACGGAAAACGCUACUAUCAACAGGGCUUUGACGUUCUUACCAGGGCCCUACGUGGCGGUGGCUGGAGCGAGGUAACCGCCAACAACGCCCCGGACCGCAAGAACCGCACCUUCUCUCGUGCGCCCUUCAUGUUCUCCGGCGGUGAACGUGGCGGCCCUCUGGCGACCUACCUCACCAGCGCCAAGAAGCGCAGCAACUUCAAUCUCUGGCUGAACACGACGGUCAAGCGUGUCAUCCGCGAAGGCGGCCACAUCACUGGCGUCGAGGUUGAGGCGUUCAGGACCGGCGGAUACCAGGGCAUCGUGAAUGUCACUGCCAUCUCUGGCCGUGUGGUUCUUUCUGCCGGUACCUUUGGCAGCGCCAAGAUCUUGCUUAGGAGCGGUAUUGGGCCGAAGGACCAGCUCGAGGUUGUCAAGGCAUCAACCAUUGACGGGCCGACCAUGAUUAGCAACUCGUCGUGGAUCCCGCUGCCGGUUGGAUACAACUUGGAUGAUCAUCUCAACACUGACACGGUCAUCACUCACCCCAACGUCACCUUUUACGAUUUCUAUGCGGCUUGGUCGACACCCAUCGAGUCGGAUAAGAACAGCUAUCUGAACAGCCGCAGCGGCAUUCUCGCCCAGGCCGCGCCCAACAUUGGACCCAUGUUCUGGGAAGAAAUCAAGGGUGCCGACGGCAUCGUCCGUCAACUCCAAUGGACUGCCCGCGUAGAAGGCAGUUUCGACACACCAAACGGCCACGCAAUGACAAUGUCGCAAUACCUCGGCCGCGGCGCAACCUCCCGCGGCCGCAUGACCAUCACACCCUCCCUCUCCACCGUAGUCUCCGACGUGCCCUACCUCAAAGACGCCAACGACAAGGAGGCCGUCAUCGCGGGGAUCGUCUCCCUGCAAACCGCCCUGUCCAAGGGUCUCCCGGACAUCAAGUUCACCUACCCCAACUCUUCCAUCUCCGCCCGGGACUACGUCAACGGCAUGGUGGUCUCCCCCUCCAACCGGCGCUCCAACCACUGGAUGGGCACCAACAAGCUCGGCACCGACGACGGGCGGUACGGGUCCGGCACUUCCGUCGUGGAUCUCAACACCAAGGUGUACGGUACUGAUAACCUGUUUGUCGUCGACGCGAGUAUCUUCCCCGGUGUGCCCACUACCAACCCGAGCAGUUAUAUUGUGACGGCGGCCGAGCAUGCGGCGACCAAGAUUCUGGCGCUCGCGGCCCCGAAGCCCAUUGCCAAGUAUGGACAGUGUGGAGGAAGGCAGUGGACGGGCGCCUUCUUGUGCGUUGCCGGGACCAAGUGCACGGUGCAGAAUGAGUGGUACUCGCAGUGUUUGUAG